GUAAAUUCAAUGGAGGGCAUCCCAAAUUCCUAAUAAAAACAUCAUCCUCAUCAUUUUUUUUUUGGGGUCAAAAAACAUCAUCCUCAUCAUCCUCAGAGCAAAAGACACCAUUUUCCUUGUUACGUAUUCCAUUUCUGACCAUAUAAACUAUAAAGCAGAGAACACCGAAAACAGUCGUUCUCAGAGAGCCGCCCCUUCUGAGAAAAGGAUAAAGAGAAAAGCCUUGGGAAAGAAACCUCUGUGUCCCUCUCUUUACUUUGUUUGUUUCUGGUGAGGUGAGGGCUGGUUUUAAAGUUCUCUGACGGUGUAAAGGAGAGAACUUUGUUUGUGGUGUUCAUUUGUUUACUUGAUAGUCUGAGAAUAGAGGGGAGUUUUUGCUCUCUGUUCUUUGUAUCUUUGUUACCCAAGAGAUAGAGUUUGUGAUGGAGAUGAUAUAUUACCAGCCUUCUUACCAGGAAUCCUUGAAUGUUCUGGAGGCUGAUAUACAGCAUGCCAAUUCUCUAGCUGCUGCAAUUCCAAGAGGCAAGGGCGGUGCCCGUUUUCAGAUGAAAUUGGUUUACAAUCACUUGGCUCCCCUCUUUCUGUUUUUGUUACAGUGGAUUGAUUGCUCAUGCACAUGUCUACUCCCAAGAUAUCUAAAUUUCUUCCACAUACUGGUCUACAAGGUGUACACUGAUGGCAGGCCUACAAUUUCAACCCAUGGAAGGAAAGCAACUAUAAGAGAUUUCUAUUCCGUUAUCUUACCAUCUCUUCAGCGGCUUCAUGGGGAUUUGGGGGAGUUAGACGAUGCUAAGGAAGGGUAUCCUAGCAUGGAAAGCUCCGGAAAGAAGAUGAUUAGAGGAGAUGGUAGCCUUGUCAAUGCUGAGUUGGAGAGAGAAGAGGAGUGUGGAAUUUGUUUGGAGCCUUGCACCAAAGUGGUCUUGCCAAAUUGCUGUCAUGCAAUGUGCAUCAAAUGCUACCGCAAUUGGAAUCGAAAGUCAGAGUCUUGCCCUUUUUGUCGCGGUAAUAUAAAGAGAGUUAAUUCUCAAGACUUAUGGGUGCUCACUUGCAAUGAAGAUGUGGUUGACACUGAAACGGUUAAUAAGGAGGAUUUGUUGCGUUUCUACCUCUAUAUCAACAGCCUGCCAAAAGAUUACCCAGAUGCCCUUUUCUUGGUGUAUUAUGAGUACUCUAAUUUGUUCUAAGAAAACGAAGAAUGGUGUACAGAUAGAAAAGAGCCUCCUGUCAAAUGUAAAUAGAAGCCGGUAAGGAACUUCUAUUGGAUUUUUACACAAAAUAACAGUUCCCAGUGCUAUGCGUAUUUAAAACUUAGAAGUCAGUGUAAGACUACCUCAUCAUUAGUAAUAUCACAGUUUUCAUUUUCAGAACUGAGUUCUAUUACCUUACUGACUUGUUAAAAUUCCAUUAAUAAGCACAUGUAAAUACACUUGUUAAUGUGGGAAUACAAUUCGGUAACUUA